ACACACACAAAAAGCUUAGAAAGGAAAGGUGACGGGAAAAGGACCCCAAAUGACUCCUGCAUUAAAACCUGACCUUGUCUUGCUCAAGACACAAGCACAUGCCCUCCCUCCCUCCUCACCAUUUACACCAUCCUCAUCCUCAUCUCUCUCUCUCUCUCCGCGUCUCUUGCCAUGAUAGCUCACCGACAACGACGAGAGUUCUCCACCGGAGACCAGUUCAGUUUUGCGAAUCCAACCCACGGCGCAAGCGACGGACAGACGAUGGAGCGUGCCACGGUUGCAGCAGGAACCAAAGCCGAGCUCGGCCCAUGGACUCGGAGAGCUUCCUUGAACCUCUCCGGUUACAGCCAGCGCGACGGCGACGAAGAUUUCCGAUGGCUGCCCAAGGAGGAUGGCGAUGACUCCGGCACUCCCUCGCCGCCGUUGUGGAAGAACGUGGGCCUCCCGGCGACUCGGUCUGCCGACAAUUCCCCGGCGCACAAGCACCACCACGGUAUGCAGGCGUUUCCGACGUCACGAGCUGAGGAGAUCGCCAGGUACCGGCAGGAGAUGUUGGACUUGGUGAGGGACAUGCCGGAGCCCGCGUACGAGCUCUCGCUAAGGGACAUGGUGGAGGCGCCGAGGGUGGCGAAGACGGUGCAGGAGAUGAUAGAGAAGAGGAGGACAGAAUCGAAGGAUCGAAGUAAAGAGAAGAGAAGGCUGUUGAGGAAGGAGAGCAUCGAGACCGGGGUGUUCCUUAAGAUGUUCGUGCCGAUUUCCAUAAGAGGAGGGAGAAGGAAGAGCUUUGGGGGUUCUAAUACUUGCUCAAAGGUUUCACCGAGGCCCGUCUUGGCGGAAGCAGAGAAGGGUGGGCUUGAGGUCACGGAGGGAGAGUGGUGGGAGAAGGAGUUGGGUGGCAGAGGAAGCAGCAGCAGCAGCAGUAGCAGCUCCAAAAGCAGCAGCAGUAGCUGCUCCAAAAGUAGCAGCGGAAGCAGCACAAGUAGAAGCGGUAGCAGGAAGAUGAACGGCUGCUACGCUUUCUUCCUCACAAAUAAAAGCAGCUCCAAGGAAAUUUAGGGAUGCCAAGUAUUUUGUUUUGCUGAUCACUGGAAGAAGAGAAUGCAGCAUGGCAUGUACAGUGGUUUCGACUUGUGCUUUGAUCUCAUAUGUUUUUAAAUCUAGUUUAUGAGAGGCUGAAAAUUAUGGUUUUAAUUGUGGGGUAGAUUUCCAUCCAUGACAAGAAUUUUGAAGUUGAUU